AUUGCACGGCACAGCUGUUUUGCAGUUUAGCUUACGUCAAAACAAGAAAUAUUUUUGUUCGUCCUACUUUCAUUUAACUCUUUAUUAAUGAAAUAAAAUAAAGUGUGACAACUAAAGACCUACACAAAGGUUAUAUACACUUUAUAAACGUUGUGUUAUCAGUUUUAAGUCAACAUGAGUGACGGUAACAAAAGUUCCCUUCGAAUAGAUUGGUUUGAUGGCACGCUGAUAGAAGAACCAAGACCAAAUACCUCAACUACCUCCGCUUUUGAUGAUGAAGAGCAACCAGAACCAAAGCCUGAACCUAAACCUCAGUUUACAGAGAAAAAACCAAUCGGUUACAAACGACUUCUCGAUAUUUCUACAUUACAACCUCCAAUUUUAAAUUUAGAAGUAUCCCAUAGACCGGGGUUUUGGAAUCUUUUAGAUGAGAAAGAACUCAAGGGUGACUUUAUAGUUUUAAUUGUGCGAAUUCUGGCAAAUGUAUACAAAACUUUGGAGCCAAAUGAAUCUUCAAAAAUAGUAAAAUUACUUAGAACAAGGUUUCAGAAUUCAAACUUUUUGGUGAAUAUUAAGAACUAUUUGGAUGAAUUGCCCAGUGUUCGAAUAGUUGAAAAGAGGUUGAAUUCACUUCUUUGGGAUGACCCUGAGAUAUUUUAUAUGAAUGUGUUAGACCUUUGUGAAGGUAUUAUCAACUUUGAAAGAGAGAACCUGGAAUUCAUAAAAGAUAUACUUGAUUUGCUGGAAAUAACUGAAGUCAGUGUUUUUGGUGUCCGUGAAGAACACACGGAAAGAUUUAGCAAUGAGUUGUUUGUCAGAAUUGAUCAGUUAAAAACUAAAGCAAUGAAGUUAUUAAAAGAUGAAGACUUUGAUGAAGAAGAUGAUGAAAUCAUCCCACCGUCAGAAACAACAAAUCCUGACAGAAAUUACUACAAGAACUUAAACAUAUUUCCAACAAAAGAUGAUUUACUCUCUGCUAACACUAUACCUAUAAAACCGAAUAUAAUCAACGGAGCGUACCCAAGCGUAGAAGACUAUUUAGACAUACAGUUCAAGUUGUUACGAGAAGAUUGCUUCGGGCCAUUACGGGAAGGAAUAUGUCAGUAAACUUUAUGUAAGAGUUCUAUGUUUGUGCAUACUGAGUUUGUGUUACAUUUUGUUUAUUUCACAGGUAAAUAUUUGGAGAAUCCUAGUAAGAGACGACAUGAAAAUAUUAGGGUGUUCCCAAAAGUACGUAUACUCCGUAACUAUGUAAGCAAUAACCGAGUGGGUCAUCUAGUGGAUAUUGCUUGGAAGGAACGGUCCACCAAUGGCGCAGUGGACAGCAAGAGAUACGCGUACAACAAGCAACUCAUGUUCGGAUCUUUAUUACUCUUCACCAAUGAUAAUUUCGAGACAAUAUUGUGCGCUACUGUAUUGGAUUCUAAUAUGGCCUUGCUCAGAGAUGGAUAUGUAGCAGUGUCAUUUCAAAAUCCUACGUCAAAAAGCAUUUUCUCCGAAGCUUUUCUCAUGGUGGAGAGUGAAGUAUUUUUCGAACCGUACCACAGAGUAUUAAAAGUAUUACAGGAGUCUAGACUAGAUGAUCUGCCAAUGAAAAGAUACAUUGUAGACGUACAGACAGAAACACACCCACCAGCUUAUUUAUCCCCUGAAACUAUAUACACAGUUCCUUACGACACAGAGGAUCUGCCGUAUCCCGUGCUAGAUACAAGCCAAUGGCCUGACCAAGUGUUCAAACUCGACGAAUCCCAACUAGAAGCCUACAAAUUCGCCUUAACAAGAGAAUUCGCCGUAAUACAAGGCCCACCUGGUACAGGAAAAACGUACAUAGGGAUCAAAAUAGCAGCCACAAUACUCAGAAAUUUAUCCCUAGAAGGAACCCCAAUGCUUAUUAUUUGCUACACGAAUCACGCCCUUGAUCAAUUUCUUGAAGGAAUUUUAGGUAUUACCAACAGUAUUGUUCGUCUAGGCAGCCAAAGCAAAAGCCCCCUUCUUGAGUACUACACACUACAUAACUUAAGGUCGAAAAUCAAAUGUAAGUACUCUUACCUCUAUGCUUCUAAGAGAAAUGAGUUGGAGAAGAUUUUUAAAGAGAUGACUGAUCUUCAAAGUGAGAUUGAGAAAUGUGAGAAAGAGAUUGUUUCUUACAAGAAUUUAAAGCCGUAUUUGAAGAUAGGGGAGAAGAAUUAUAACCUUAAAAGUACUAUAGAAGAUAGCGUACUUGAUUGGUUAUUUGGUGAUUUCGAAGAAUCACAAACUGCUAAAGUCGUGGAGAUUGAUAAAGAAGUUGAUGCAGAAGAAGAUUGGGAGAAGUUAGACGAUUUGGCUUUAAAAGAAGAAGUCAAUUCGUGCUUCUCUGAAAAUUGGGCCUUAACAGAAAUAGACUCUAUGAUGAACAGCAUACGGUAUGUGAAUGACGUCACAGAUAACCAUCUAGAAGCAAACCAGAUGACAGAGAAGUUUAAAACUGAGAUCAGAAGAAUUAGCAGAAGAUUGGAGUGUUUUAAGAAAUACAGGACGCUACAAAACAAUAAUAAAGAAAACUUCAAAUUGGAUCAGGUUAACGAUUUGUACAGUUUGAACCAAGAUCAGAGGUGGCAUUUAUACUACACAGCUGUUGGGACGUUGAAGAAUGAAUUGCUCUCCAAAAUGAAUGUUUUAUUGGAUCAACACAAUACGGCUAGCCAGGAGCUGAACGAAGUAUCAACAUUAAUUGAUGGCGAAGUUAUGAGGACAGUAAGAGUAGUCGGGGUGACCACCACUACAGCCGCUAGGAGACAUGAUCUCAUGAGGAAACUGCAUUCGCCAAUAGUGAUUGUUGAAGAAGCAGCUGAAGUGCUAGAGGCGCAUAUCGUCGCAUCGCUAACUCAUCAGUGCCAACAUCUUAUACUUAUAGGAGACCACAAACAAUUGAGACCAACAGCAGCUCACUACAAACUAGCGAAAGACUACAACCUAGAGAUAUCUCUCUUCGAACGCAUGAUACGCAACGGUGUCCACGCGCGUACCCUCACUACGCAACGCAGAAUGAGUCGGAAUUUCGUAGAGUUAAUUGUUCCUGCAAUAUACGAUAAGUUGGAUACGCAUUCUAGUGUAGAAUCUUACCCUGAUGUGAGAGGAAUGAAGGAUAACUUGUAUUUCUUUUCUCACGACGUGUUUGAAGAUUCUGAGGGCAUGGAAGACAGUUGGAGUCACAGAAAUAUCUUCGAAGCUGAAUGGUGCAUAGCGCUUGCGCAGUACUUCAUCAAAAUGGAUUACACGCAGGACGAAAUCACAAUACUCGCUACUUAUAAUGGACAGGUCAAUCUGCUGAGAGAUCUAGCUAAAAAAGACGAAUCCCUUCGUCAAGUCAGAAUAACAGCCGUUGACAACUACCAAGGUGAAGAGAACAGGAUAGUGAUAUUGUCGUUAGUAAGGAGUAACAGAGACAACAAGAUUGGCUUCUUGACCGCUCCUAACAGGAUAUGCGUCGCUUUGUCUCGAGCUAAAGAAGGUUUCUACAUAUUCGGCAAUAUGAACGUAUUAAAAUCAGCCAGUAGUAUUUGGAAACAGAUUAAUGACAAACUAGUACAACAGAAAGCUAUUGGUCAAAGACUAACGGUUAUCUGUGAGGAGCAUAAUAAUAAUACUAUUGAUAUUGAAAGUGUCGAAGAACUCAAAGCUUGCCUGUCGGGGACAUGUUUAAGGAUUUGUGAUAAGAAAUGAAGGACAAUAAUAUAUUACAUUUUUUUAUUUUAUUUAUAACAUUGUGAAUUUUAAUUUAAUACUUACUUACUUAAAAAUAACGUGUUUGUUGUUAAUAAAUAAAUAAUUUUAUGAAUCGAUA